UCCAUGUUGGGGCAAAAUCAUACCAUGGUGACAGAGUUCAUCCUCAUUGGUUUCUCCACAUUCCCUCAGCUUCAGUUGAUGUUUUUUGUGAUCUUGCUGAUGAUGUAUUUGUUCACACUGCUGGGAAACCUUCUCAUCAUGUUGACCAUCUGGAAUGAGCGGAGCCUCCACACACCUAUGUAUUUCUUCCUGUGUGCACUCUCUAUCUCAGAAAUCUUCUAUACUUUUGCCAUCAUCCCUCGAAUGCUCAUUGAUCUGGUCUCCACUCAUCACAACAUCUCCUUCUUGGCCUGUGCCAACCAGAUGUUCUUCUCCUUCACAUUUGGCUUCACCCAUUCUUUCCUACUCACUGUCAUGGGCUAUGAUCGCUAUGUAGCCAUCUGCCACCCAUUACGCUAUAAUGUGCUCAUGAACCCACAGGGCUGUGCCUGGCUGGUGGCUUCUGCAUGGCUUGGUGGUAUAGUAAUGGGACUGGUGGUCACACUUGCCAUUUUCCACCUGACCUUCUGUGGGCCCAAUAAGAUCCACCAUUUCUUCUGCCAUGUACCCCCUUUGGUGAAGCUAGCCUGUGGAGAUGUCUCAAUAGUGGCCAUGGGAGUGGGGAUGGUCUGUAUCACAGCCCUAUUGGGUUGCUUUCUCCUCAUCCUUCUCUCCUACGCCUUCAUAGUGGCCACUGUUUUGAGGAUCCCUUCAGCUGAAGGCCAGCACAAAGCCUUCUCUACCUGUGCCUCCCAUCUCACUGUAGUGGUUGUGCACUAUGGCUUUGCUUCUGUCAUUUAUCUUAAACCUAAGGCCCUAGAAUCCCUUGAAGGGGACACCCUGAUGGGCAUCACCUACACUGCUCUCACCCCUUUUCUAAGUCCCAUUAUCUUUAGCCUGAGGAACAAGGAGCUGAAGAAUGCUUUGAAGAAAGUCUACCUUAGUAAGCUGUGUCCCUUGAAUCUCUGA